ACAAUCCCUCUCACAAAAAAGGGUCCCAAAGCUAGAGAGAGAAAGAGAAACAGACAGACGUUGAGAGAGAGAGAGAGAGAGUGGAUGAACACAGGAUAAGAGGGAAGAUUUUAGGGUUUUGCGUGGAAACGUCUCUUCUUAAUUCGUCGAUUUGACCGUUGAAGACGCUGUUUGUAGCUGGCUUUUGCUCGUUUUUCUCGUUCUUCGCGGUUCAGGAGAAUCGUCGAGGUUUUGUUUCGGAAUCUGUGGGAGAAAAAGAUCGGGUUUAGGGUUUUACGAGAUCUCUCCGCCGUUCACCUCGCCGUAACUGUAAUUUCCGCCGCCGCCAUCGCUGUCUUCGGUCUUCUCCUGUAAGCUCUCGGUCCUUUGGAGACUAUGGAAGAAGUUCAGGUUCAGCCUCCUGUCACUCCAUCCAUCGAGGCCAGAGGGAAAGCGAGUGAAAUGGAUGUCACUGAAGCAUCUUUCAUGGACUUAUGCGAGAAAGGACUAUCUAUUGAGGGGAUCAAGCGCAGUGAAGCUUUGAAACUGUUCAAAGAAACCAAACAGAUUUUAUCAGCAAAUACUUCUAGCAUUGGAAGCGGAACGGCGGAAGAAGCAGAGAGGUUCUGGUUUGCAUUUAUCUUGUAUUCCGUGAAAAGUCUAAGCGAGCGGAAAGAAGAAAACCUUCAGGGCGUGUCUAGUGAUAAUGGCCUUAAUUUAUGUCAAAUAUUGAGGGUUCUAAAGCUAAACAUUGUGGAUUUCUUUAAGGAGUUACCUCAGUUUGUGGUGAAGGCUGGCCCUGUCUUGCGUGAACUCUAUGGAACAGACUGGGAAAACAGACUUCAGGCGAAGGAGUUGCAGGCAAACUUUGUGCAUCUUAGCCUUCUAAGCAAAUACUAUAAGCGUGCAUAUCGGGAAUUCUUCUUGACAAAUGACACUAAUGUGGAAAAGGAUUUGAAUUGUGAAGCUUCUGUUAGCCAUGUGUCUGACUAUUACCGUUUCGGAUGGCUAUUAUUUUUGGCACUCCGAAUCCAUGCAUUCAGCCGUUUUAAGGACCUCGUGACUUGUACAAAUGGCUUAGUCGCUAUAUUGGCUAUUUUGAUUAUACACGUACCUCGUCAGUUUAGGAAUUUCAACCUCCAAGACUCUCGACGCUUUGUUAAGAAAGAUGGCAAAGGCAUAGAUCUGCUUGCUUCACUUUGCAACAUCUAUGACACGUCAGAAGAUGAAUUGAAGAUAACAAUGGAGAAAGCAAAUAAUCUUAUUGAAACAAUAUUGAAGAAAAAGCCUUCUCUAGCAUCCAAGUGUCAAACUGACAAAUUAGAGAAUAUUGACCCAGAUGGCUUAGCCUACUUUGAAGAUUUAUUGGAUGAGACAUCCAUCUCAAGUAGUUUAAGUACGUUAGAAAAAGAUUAUGAUGAUGCAAUUUGUAACAAAGGUGAACUUGAUGAGAGGAUGUUCAUCAAUGAAGAGGAUAGCCUACUUGGUUCAGGAAGCUUAUCUGGAGGAGCUGUAAAUAUGACUGGUGUCAAGCGGAAAAUUGAAUUGUUGGGUUCACCUGCAAGGACAGUCACAAGCCCACUCUCUCCUCUCCGGUCACCCUCUACUUCUAUAACAAAUGGUGUUAGUAAUAACAACAAGACAAUAGCAACUCCGGUGAGUACAGCAAUGACAACUGCAAAGUGGCUCCGGACUGUUAUAUGCCCACUUCCAUCAAAACCUUCUCCCGAGUUGGAACAUUUCCUUAAAUCAUGUGACAAAGAUAUAACAAAUGAUGUCACGCGGAGGGCACAUAUAAUAUUGGAGGCUAUAUUUCCAAAUAGUUCCCUUGGUGAUCGGUGCACAGGUGGAAGCCUACAAAGUGUUAACCUGAUGGAUGACAUAUGGAUAGAGCAAAGGAGAUCAGAAGCCCUCAAGUUAUACUAUCGGGUUCUUGAAGCGAUGUGUAAAGCAGAAGCUCAACUUUUGCAUGCAAGCAAUUUAACCUCUUUAUUGACGAAUGAGAGAUUUCAUCGAUGCAUGCUUGCAUGCUCAGCUGAAUUGGUUCUAGCAACCCACAAGACAAUAACAAUGUUGUUCCCUGCUGUCCUGGAGAGGACUGGCAUCACAGCUUUUGAUCUCAGCAAAGUGAUAGAGAGUUUCAUCAGACAUGAAGAUUCUCUUCCCAGAGAGUUGAGACGACACUUGAACUCAUUGGAGGAACGGCUCCUAGAAAGUAUGGUGUGGGAAAAGGGUUCGUCAAUGUACAACUCUCUGAUUGUUGCUAGACCACCUCUUUCAUCAGAGAUCAAUCGCCUGGGACUAUUAGCUGAACCAAUGCCCUCUCUAGACGCAAUUGCUGCACUUAUUAACUUCUCCGGAGGAUCAUCUCCUGCUUCUGCUGUCCCAAAGCAUGAACUUUGCCCAGGACAAAAUGUGGAUGUUAGAUCACCUAAAAGGCUCUGCAGUGAAUACCAGAGUGUUUUGGUGGAACGCAAUUCCUUUACAUCGCCAAUUAAGGAUCGUCUAUUGACACUUGGAAACCUUAAAUCAAAGAUGCUGCCACCUCCUCUGCAGUCUGCCUUUGCCAGUCCAACACGGCCAAACCCAGGUGGUGGAGGAGAAACCUGUGCUGAAACUGGGAUCAACAUUUUCUUCACAAAGAUCAAUAAAUUGGCUGCUGUGAGAAUCAAUGGGAUGAUUGAAAGGCUACAGCUUUCUCAGCAAAUGAGGGAGAGUGUAUAUUGUCUCUUUCAGCGAGUACUUAGUCAACAGACUUCUCUUUUCUUCAAUCGGCAUAUCGACCAGAUAAUCCUUUGUUGCUUCUACGGAAUGGCCAAGAUAUCCCAAAUGAGCCUCACUUUUAGGGAAAUAAUAUACAACUACCGGAAGCAACCCCAAUGCAAGCCACAGGUUUUCCGCAGCGUUUUUGUUGAUUCACGACAAGGACGCCGACCUGGGAGAGUGGGAGGAUCAGAUCAUGUUGAUAUCAUCACAUUUUACAACGAGGUGUUUAUUCCUGCUGUAAAGCCGUUGCUCGUGGAGCUGGGUCCUGCAGGGACACCCACGAAGAGCAACCGAGUUGCUGAGGCCAACAACAAGCCUCAGGUUCCAUGUCCUGGAUCCCCGAAGGUAUCGGCUUUUCCAAGUGUCCCAGACAUGUCCCCGAAGAAAGUAUCCGCAGCCCAUAACGUCUAUGUCUCUCCACUUCGCACAUCCAAGAUGGAUGCUCUCAUCUCACACAGCUCGAAGAGCUACUACGCCUGCGUGGGAGAGAGCACUCACGCCUACCAGAGCCCCUCAAAGGACCUCUCCGCAAUCAACAACCGCUUGAACAAUAGUAAUAAGCCGAAGAGAUCGCUGACGUUUGACAUAGACGCCGGAUUGGUGAGUGACUCCAUGGUUGCAAACAGCCUCUCCGUCCACAACGAUGGUAGCAGUGCGGCCUCUUCUUCAGGUGCUCCCCUUAAAACAGAGCAACCCGACUCUUGAUUUCUCUUUCUACACCUUUUUUUUUUUCUUGUAAAGCCUUAGGUUUUGCAGAGUUGUGUGGUAUUAGUUUUUCUUUGGUAGGGAAUGAAUGGAAUGGUAUGAUGAGCUCGUGCGGUCGGUUUUAUUGUUCACUGUAGCCGCCAUUUACCCUUUUUAGCUUUUGUUUUUUACCGCUGUCA